AUGAUUCCUUCUAUUGUAAGAUAAUCUAAUGCAAAUAUAGCUGCUACUCAAAAGAUACAAGAAGAGAGCAGCCAACAGACUUGCUCAUCAAUAAAUUAACUAAACAGUGCAAUAGAUAUAAGUCCGUAUGUUCAUUCAUCAGUAUUCGAAGUUCUUCAGCCUUCAAAGAAUCUUCAAAUUAAAGUUUGCAGCAUUGCAAAUUUAGAAACGAUUGAAGAUGAUGUCUACCAAAAGCUCAUUAAAAAAGAAAAAUCUAAUCCUCAAAGACUUACACCAUAAAUUAGAGGUUUAGAUAAUAAAGAGCUAUAACGAAACAAUAAUGAUUUUCGUUCUUAAAAAAAUUUAAAAUAAGGAUAAUUAUUUGGUAAUCCAAAUAAUAAAAAUGUCGAAUUACAAAAGGAUAAACUAAGUUAGUAGGAAUAAAUUGAUUUAAAUAAUUUGCUAAAAAUAAGAAAUUUGAGUGAGAAUAACACUGCUAAUUUAGUUGGAAAUCAAAAAAAGGGUAUUCUGAAGUAGUUUAAUAGAUAGGCAUCAAUUAUUAAGAUGAAUUAAAAGGCUGAGGAAGAAGAUGUGUUAAUUCAAUUGAAUAUGUUUGCAAAAAAAAAUUAAUCUUCACUAACGCCUAAAAAUUUAUAAUUUUUAGCAGUAAAAAAAGAUUAACUUGAAAAUACAUUGAACUACUUGGAUUAAUUAAAUAAAGCAAAUGAAGAAUCUUAAAGAAAUUCAAUGUAUAUUUUAGAAAAGGAUUUAGGAAAUAAAUACACUGUCAAAAGCUUUAAUAAAAUUCUUCCAUCAUCUGAAAAUCACUAAAUUGUUAUCAAAUCAUUUGCUAAUAUUCCAGAGCAGCUAUCAAAAACAGAAAUUUCUUCUUAGACUAACAUAGAAUAAUAAAAAGUACUUAAUUUUUAAAAAUAAAGUGCAAGCAAAGCUGCUAACAUGGAAAAUUAAUCGCCUGCAAAAGAGUAAAAUACCCUAAAUAUGGUAAAUUAAUAACCUUUUGUAGUAACAUCUUAUCAUUCUAGAAACAAAUCAACUAAUUAUUAGUAAAUGACUCCAAAAGCAUUGCUUAAAAGAAAUUAAUCUAUUCCAUUUUAAAUUGAUAAUUUACAUGUUUCAAAUAUUAAAGAGAGCAUAAAAAAUUAUCCAGUAAACUCUCCUCAAAUAUCUAAUCCAGAUACAUAAAGCAAUAAUAAUACUAUCAAAUUAAUUGGUAAUAAUCAUAAUUAUAAACCAAAUCAAGUAAUCAAUUAAAAUAAACAUGAAUCUAGUAAUUCAAAAACAAAUAUUCUUUUAAGAAACUCUUAAACGCUAUAAUUAGAAGAAAUAAAUUAAACUUAAAUUAAUCCAUCCACAUUAGAUAAGAUUGAUUAGAUAUCAUAUGAUAAAAGUGAUAAGAGUAUUGAAAAUACAGAUCCAUUACCUAAUAUAAAGUGGAAAAAUGAGCCCUUAGUGAGAAGCAUCCAAAAGCAAAAGACAUUUUCAUAUAAAAAUGAAGGAUAAAAAACUAAAAACAUUUCAUUCCUUAACCUAUAAGAGGUUAAUAAUUUCAAUAGAGAUCCUCUUUCUUCAAGAAAAACAGCAGACACCACUCCAUUCGAUACAAAGCCCAUAUUAAAUAUGGAAAACCAUGUUUAGCUACUUAAAGCUAAAGCUGAAUUAAUUUCACCUAUUUCAAAUAAUAUUUUUGAGUCUGAAGAUAGAAAAUCUACCUAGAUUGAUUCUUAGUUCAAUUCUUUGCUUAAGAAAAAUGAAGAUGACAAAUCUUAAAAUGCCACUAAAGAUACGAGACACAUAUCGCCAUUCAGCAUAAGCUAAAAUCCUCAUAAAAGCUAAUUCAAAGAAAAGCAUGAAAUGCAAACUGUUAAAUAAAAAAUGGAUAAUUUUCAAAAUUCUAAAUUUGAAUCUCCUAUUAAAACUCCUACUGUAACAUUUUUGGAAUCAGAGAUCAAAGACACUAAGAAUUCAGCUUCUUAAAAUCCUUUGGAAAACAGCAAUUAAUAGUAAAAAAAUAAAAGAUUGAGCAAAUUAUCUUCAUAAGAGUUUGGCUCAGCGAUUAAAAAGCUUUCAUUAAACUAACCAUUUAAUGAAAAUAUAAAUGAAAAAUAAUCAAAUUAGGAAUAAAAUUUACAUUCUAUGAAUAUAUCAUAUUUAAAUUCUUUUGCUAAGCCAUAGACAAUAAUAAACACUGCGGUUUUAUCAUAAACAACUUCAAACUCUCUAAAGAAGUAAACAGAGCUAGAAUCUCCAUUUAAAUUAAAAUUAAAUCAAAAUCCUAGUAUUUCCUCUGAAGGAUUGGAAAGCAAUUAAACCUUGACAUCUAAAUCUAAUAAUAAAUAAAUAAAUGAAAAAAAUUUGGAACCAGUGAGUUAAUUUAUAAAAAAUUUAUGCCAAUAAGAUUUUAGUGAUAACAUAGAUGUGCCUUAAUCAAUCUAGCAACUAAAUAAAGAAGAUAUAUAUUAAAGUGAAAGAUACUAGGAAUUUUAGUCAAAUUAGAAUGAAAUUUUUAAUAAAUUUAUUUCUUAGCCUCCAUAUAUUCAAGGUAAGGUAAAGUGCGGGUUAGCAGAUUUCAUCAAACAAAAGAAAAACUUAGAAAUGAAUAGAUUAAAAACAUAUUAUAAAUUUGGGUUCAGUGCUACAAACAAAGAUGAAAAAAGUCUCAAAUUAUAGCAUGUUUUGGAAGGAGUAGUUCCAAGUUAUGAAACCGGAAAUAUUUAAUGUAGUGAGCUUUGGAGUGAGAAACAUUUAAAAAUUAUUCAUGAUAGAGUUAAUUUUAACUAAGAGAAAUAAUUUAUUUAAUCUUAUAUUUCCUAUAAACAACGAAAUCCUGCUAAUAAAUAUGUUGUACAUAAAAAAGUUAAUUCCCUAGAUUAGCAGUCUUUAUAAGGGAUCAAACAUGACAAAUUAAAAAAGCAAUAAUAGAGUAAAACUGGAUGCCUAACAGAUAGACAAAAAGUUGAUCAUAAAAUUAACUUAUCUCUUGAAGGAUAAGCUGAACCUGCUUCAAGUCAAAAUUUAUCUUCUUCUAAAAAAUUAAAUACUAAAUCUUCUUCAAUGACUUAAACUAAUUUCAAAUAAAUUUUACCUAGCAGCAUGUAACUUAUCAUAUUUAAAACACAAACUAAAACUAAAAUAUUAACAAAAAGGUUUAUCAAAACAAACUCGAUCAGCGACUUAAGACGUGAAAAGUAAUUAUUCAAAGAUCUUAUUUCAUUUACAGACAGAGUCAUUAAAAAUAAUCACAGAGAAAUAAAGGCAUACAGUAAUAUAAAAAAAUUCGAAGAUGAAGAUUGA